AUGUCCUAUAUACCUCUGACAUCAGUUCCUAAUGCAUGGGAAGUGUCAGUUGGUUUCUGCGCGUCGACACUCUCGCGCAUAUUUGCUGUAGUCUCAAAAGCUGAGAAAAUGAAUAAUCAAAUCGACGAUGAGCAGAUCACAAUGCUUCGAAGGGCAUUCAGUAUGUUCGAUUCAAGCAAACAGGGUCGUAUAGAGAAAGAGAAAGUAAGGACUAUUUUAAACACCAUGGUGCACAGCUUUGACGACAUCGAACUAGACCAGAUGUUAGAUAACGAAGAUGUCGAUGGUUCUGGAAAACUAAAUUUUGAUUCAUUCGUACGAGUGGCUACACAUUUCCUUGAUGAAGAUGAUGAAGCCCUCCAAAAAGAACUUAAAGAAGCUUUCAGGCUUUACGACAAAGAAGGUAAUGGCUAUAUCCCAACAUCGAGUCUACGAGAAAUUCUUGCAGCAUUGGACGAUCAGCUAACACCAGACCAACUCAACGAGAUGAUUGCUGAAAUUGACACAGAUGCGUCUGGGACUGUUGACUUUGACGAAUUUAUGGAGAUGAUGACUGGCGAU